CAUUUGAAAUUCAUAACCGGAAGCGCAAUUGUCUGUAUACUGAGCUUGACCGCUCACGUCAAGAGCGAUUCUUUGGUGUUUCUGUUUUGGUCCAAGCCGAAGCAGCUCACCGAAAUGACGGCCAAGAAGUCUGGCUCACGACUGGAGACCGAGAUAGAGCGGUGCCGUUCAGAGGGGCAAUGGGAUAAGAUACCGGAGUUAGUUCGACAGCUCUCAGCUAAAUUGAUUUCAAACGAUGACCUCGGAGAGCUGUUGUUGGGGGAAUGCAAGCUUCUGACGUACCUGAAGGAGAAUCCAAUCAAACAGGGUGCGAGUCCAAGAGGCCCACGACCAAAACUGGUGGAGGUCAGGAAGCACCUCACUGCUGCUUUGGACAGAGGAAACCUCAAGGCUGAUUACCUCCAGGAAGCAAGUCUGCUCAUGGCCAAACUUAGUUAUGUUGAGGCAGAAUACACAGACGCUUUGGGUCACUAUAACAGGGUAAAUCUGGACGACAUGCAGCUGGUCGGAGCUCCAGUGUAUAGGCUGUCUAUGAUAGCAGAAGCCUAUGCCACGAAAGGCUUGUGUCUAGAGAAAGUCCCGGCCGCUUCUCCGCUGCUGUCCAAUAAGAACAGCGGUUCUCCCUCCUCUAAUCGCAACAAAACUGAGCAAGAGCAAGAAAUCAUCACAUGCUAUGAAAAAUCUGGAGACAUUGCUCUGCUGUACUUGCAGGAGGCUGAGAAGGCAUUGUCAGCUGGAAUUCAAAAUCGCAGCCCGAAGCCUGGCCCGACUUCGCAGGACCAGGAACUGGGUUACUUCCUUGAGACUGGCUUGCAGAGAGCCCAUGUCAUUCACUUCAAGAACGGUAACCUGACGCAAGGUGUCGGGCGAUUUCGAGAAAUUCUUCGAGCUGUUGAGACCAGGACGACACAGAACCUGCGCAUGACUAUAGCAAGACAGCUUGCCGAGAUCUUGCUCCGAGGAAUGUGUGAACAGAGUUAUUGGUCUCCUGUGGAAGACCCGCCCACUGUGUCACCGCUGGACGAUCCCACGCGACAAGGACACGUCCAAAGCAAGAAGUACAGCUUAAGCCGACGCCCACGCGUGUACUCGGGAGAGAAUUUUUUUUGUCCCCAGGAGAACACAGAAGAAGCAUUAUUGCUGCUCCUCAUUAGUGAGUCCAUGGCUAACCGUGAUGCUGUCCUAAGCAGGAUUCCGGAACACAAUAAUGAUCGAAUCAUUAGUCUACAGUCUGCCUCUGUGGUGUACGACCUGCUGACUAUCGCUUUAGGCAGGAGAGGACAGUAUGAGAUGCUAUCAGAGUGUUUGGAGCGAGCCAUGAAGUUUGCCUUUGAGGAGUUCCACUUAUGGUACCAGCUUGCACUUUCUUUAAUGGCUGCUGGGAAAUCGGCUCGCGCAGUUAAAGUUUUGAAGGAGUGUAUCCGUCUAAAGCCAGAUGACCCCACCAUUCCGCUGCUGGCCGUCAAACUUUGCAUUGGACCCCUGCACUGGCUGGAUGAGGGUGAGUGCUUUGCCAAAAUGGUGAUCGACAUGGGGGAGAAAGCAGCCGAGUUUAGAGCCAAAGGCCACUUGGCAAUUGGACUGGUUUACAGCCUCAAAGCCACGGAUGCAUCAUUGCGAAGCACACAGGAAGAGUAUCAAAGAAAAGCUUUGGGAGCCUUCCAGAGAGCGCAGAGUUUGUCUCCAACAGACCAUCUGGCAGCUUUCUACCUUGCACUGCAGCUUGCUGUGUCCAGACAGAUUCCUGAGGCGCUCGGCUAUGUUCGACAAGCCUUGCAGCUUCAAGGAGAUGAUGUUCACUCCCUUCACCUGCUGGCCCUGCUUCUCUCAGCACAGAAACACUACCAGGAUGGUCUCAAUAUUAUAGAAAUGGCCCUAUCUGAGUAUCCAGAGAACUUCAACUUGCUCUAUACCAAGGUCAAGUUGGAGAGUAUGUGCAGAGGAUCAGAAGAAGCUUUGCUCACCUGCAAACACAUGCUGCAGAUCUGGAAAAGCUUUUACAACCUUACCAAUCCCAGUGAUUCGGGGCGUGGUAGCAGUUUGUUGGAUAGGGCUGUAGCUGACAGACGACAGCUAAAUGCAAUGACUCUGCCAGACUUCAGUGACCCAGAUACAGCCUCGGGUUCUUCCUCCUCGCACACUGGUUCAGAACCAGUCUCCCCCACUUCCCCCUCCACUGUAUCCACGCUCUCCUCCCCACAGUUCUCCCCUUCCUCUCCAGUUUUCACCUUUCAGCCUCCUCCUCCACCCAAAAAAUCUUGCUCCUUGCCUCCUCCCAUGAUGACUACCAAAGCCAGGACUCACUCCUUUUCGAACCACAUCGCUCUUCGUCAGCUUUCCUCCAGCUGUUCUGUGCAUGCUACAUCCAUAGCGGCAAGUCGUGUGGAGCAGGCAUUGUCUGAGGUGGCUUCCUCCUUGCAGAGUAGUGCCCCUAAGCACGGUCCCCUGCACCCCUGGUUGACUCUGGCUCAGAUCUGGCUGCAUGCAGCUGAGGUCUACAUCGGCAUGUCGAAGCCCGCCGAGGCAUCAGCCUGCACUCAAGAAGCCGCCAACCUCUUUCCCACAUCGCAUAACGUCCUGUUUAUGAGGGGGCAGAUUGCAGAGCUGAGGGGCAACAUAGACGAGGCGAAGCGCUGGUAUGAAGAAGCGCUGUCCAUCAACCCCACGCAUGUCAAAACCAUGCAGAGACUGGGUCUUAUUCUCCACCAGCUGCAACGCUACAGUCUGUCGGAAAAAGUCCUGAGGGAUGCCGUGCAGGUCAACAGUACGGCUCAUGACGUGUGGAACAGCCUUGGUGAGGUGUUGCAGGCUCAAGGGAACGCCGCCGCCGCCACCGAGUGUUUCCUCACCGCUUUGGAGCUGGAGGCCAGCAGCCCCAUCCUCCCCUUCACCAUCAUUCCAAGAGCACUAUAAAACAUACACACACAGUGGUAGCAUACUGGAACACAAAAAUGGACCUCUGAGAAACACACCAAACACGCAGUACGCCUGCAUCUCACACACACACACACAUUCGAGGCAAAUGACCAGGUCUCCCCCUUCCCAUCAUGCCUUGCUGUGACCACCUCUGGUGAUGCUGUUUUGUCUUGUGUUUGUGGUCUUGUUUCUGGUGCAUUUUGACUCUGACAUUUCCUACAUGAAGAACAAGACUUGAAAUGGUGUUUAGGUCAUUCACAUGCUGUACUUGAAAUAGUUGAAGCACUGACAGCAAAUACAAGGAACACAAGUGUGUAUGUCUUGUUGACACCAGUUUCCACGCCAAGCGAUUUGAUACAUCAGGCCAUGCAUGCGCGUAAACACGCAUGCGCACAGAUAUUCACAUGCUGCUUGCCACUGAGAGCUGGCUUGAAUCCAAUUUGCAUUUACACGACACAUUGCUUUUUCACGGUAUUGCAACGCAAGUCCUUCCACAUACAAGUGACCUGAUUAAGCAGUGUUUUGACAUACAUCGAUCAGCCAAUUUAUUUUUAUUUUUUUCUUCAGUCGCGGCGAAAAUUGGUAGCAAGCAGCGUUUUGCUCAGGAGGAUAAACGGUUUAGAAAAUGGAUGGGAGAAUGAUUAAUUAUUCCCUCUCAAAAUCCAAGUUCCAUGUUCCCUGAAGUUAUUUUGAAUAACUGGAUUAAUGAGAUAUUAAAUAAAUAAAGCAAAAUAUAUGUUCAUAGUCUUGUAAAUUAUAUUUUGCGUUCCACGGUCUUUGCCUCCGGUUUGAGGUCGCAAAAUUUUGACCGCCUUCCUCGAACUAAGCAUUAGUUGUGGCCGUCAUUUUCUGUACAGUACAGUACUGUAUUUAUUCUGCGCGCCCCCUCGUGGCCAAGGCCGCACACCAGAAAGGGGGCCCAUUGAAUGCAGGCAUGAUGUCUUGAUGCUGAACCUCUUUCGUUACAAUCUAUUUAAUUAUGUCGAUGCUGUAAAGUGCCAUUUUUCUCGUUGAAACCCCUUUUUGUGUGUGUGUGGUCAGGGCUUGAAACAUUAUUGGCAUUUCCAUUUAUUUCAGUGGGGAAAGAUGAUUUGCGAUGUCAGAUAAAAGCGUAGUCAUGGAAGAUAUCAAACUCAAAAGUUAAGACCUCACCGUACCUAGAAUUUUUUUAAGCAUAAUCACGUUUACAUUUCCCAGUUGUUUGAUACAAAUGUUCCUUGUAUGUUGUUCAUCUUCCCUUUGCCAUUCGUCUCACUUUACAGCAAUAAGGUAGUUGCAUUUAUUUGCCAAGAUUAAAAUGAGAUUAAACCGGAACUCGACCUGAAGCUCCAGCCGAUGGCAACGUGCCUACCCUGUGCACAGCUACGUUACAGGCCCGAGUUUCAUAUCACCGGUUGAUCACAGAAGCAACAUUUAUGUUCUCGUGGUGUAAAUAAACAUGGAUGCUCGUAGUGUACACAAAAUUUGAUUGGCACUGAACAUUUGCGUACCAAGCAAAUCACACACAAUUUUUUUUUAUCUUAUUUAAGUGUGCUGACAUUGUGAGCACAACCCACAAUUAUGUUUUUAGGAACACAAAUCAUUACCAGUGCUGAUUACCAACACUGAGAAAUAAGAAUGGUGUUAAAAUGAGGAUCACGGUGUGCGUCAUUCUUUUACAUUUAUUUUGAUUUGUUGUUUAUUUUUAAUAGUUGGUCACAGCAGUCACUAAAUGGAGUGACAACUUAAAAGUUUUGGGGGAAAAUGUCAAAGUCGUCAUGCAACCACUGCACCUGCUGUAAACGUCGUUCGGUUUUUGUUUUCACAACAAUGUAUAAUGGUUGUAUAUUGUAUAGUGCCAUGUGUAUUAUUAUUUUCAAAAGUAAAUUCAAAUUCUAUUUUCUUCACAGAGCGUGAUUUUACUCAGAUGAUUGAUGUAAGAGGAAUGUGUACGAAUUCGGCUUGUGGCUCAGUGUUGUGCCCUUUAUGCUUUCAUGAAUGAGGAACGAUAAACGUAUAAAAGUCAA